AUUACCUUUCAUCGAGGACACCCAUCGGUGAAAAAGGCGGAUAUCAUAUUCGAGAAAAAAGUUCUGGGAGUUCUGCCAAUUUUCACACUUAUUCUCCCCUGUUAGAGAGCGGACACUUUUUUUUCGGUCCCUGAAUCCGAGAGGAAACAGUUUCUAAUACAUCUUGAUUUACAUUUCAACAUGUCAAAAAAACCUUGGCCCUGGUCUAUCCUGCCGCAUUCAGCAAUAGAGAACUAUAAGAAAACGUUUAAAAUGCCUGCCCCAGAUGCCGAAGGAUUGGGACCGGAAAUCAAGGAUAAUACAGACGGGUCUAUCAGUGUCCAGUACCACCCUAACAAAAGCGGAAGACAUGAAGUCCAGAUGUGUUACGAAGGGUGUGCAGUGGAAGGUAGCCCGUUCUCCUGUAUGGUCGACCAGAUCGAUGGCAGCUAUGUGACAGCAUUUGGCGCUGGUCUUGUAGGUGGAAUGAGCGGUCAAAUGGUCGCCUUCACUGUCACAGCCAAACAAGGCACCCUUAGUAAAUUGGACGUUAAGGUGGAUGGUCCUACAAAGACAGACAUUACAAGAAAAGAUCAUGGAGACAAAUGUGACAUUUCGUUCCUCCCCAUGACACCUGGUGUCUAUAACAUCAUUAUUAAAUACAACGGGAAGGAGAUGAAAGGAUCCCCCUUCGUAUCCAAGGUUUCAGUUCAUGAAAAUGGUAUACCUAUGAAACCUGGUGAGGGAAGAAAACGAUCCCAGCUUUCCCUCGGAAACAGCGCUGAAUACUCCCUCAACGUUUUGGAAACCAACGUUGUUGAUCUGGUUGGUUCCAUCAAACUGCCCUCUGGCGCAAUCGAGCCUUGCCUUCUGAAAAAGGAUGCCGACGGACAUCUUUGCGUGGGUUCAUUUGCACCAAAAUCUACCGGACUUUAUGCUGUACAUAUUUCUCGAGAAGAAAAACCUAUUAAGGGCAGUCCCUUCCACAUCAAGGUUGGGGACAAAGAACUGGCCCAUGCUGCCAAGGUUAAAGUUAAUGGCCCAACAACCAAAGCAAAGGCCAACGAACCUAACAUUUUGGACAUCGAUUGCAGUGAAGCAGGAUAUGGUGGAUUAAGUAUUGUUAUAGAAGGACCACAUCGUUCCGAGAUUGAAUGCAAACAUUAUGAAAAUAGAAAAUACCAGAUUUCAUACAGCCCUCAUGAACCCGGAAUCUACAUUUUGAACCUCAGAUUUGCCGAUGAUCAUCUUCCAGGAAGUCCUUUCCUUUUACAAGUAGAGGGUGAACCGUCUGGACGAAUCAGAGAGACUGUUACAAAGACGAUGGAACAAGCCGAACCCGUAAAGAAAAAUCAAAAUUGUGAAUUUUACCUUCAAAUUCCAGGAACAAACCCAUUCGAUAUGGAGGCAUCUGUCACAGAUCCCGAGGGUUCCACUGAACUGUGUGAGAUCAUGGAUGAGGAAGAUUUCCACUACAGAAUGAGGUUCACCCCACAAAUGGAGGGAACACACACUCUCAGUAUCAAACACAAGGGACUUCAUAUUUCAGGCAGUCCAUUCGUUUAUUCCGUGGGGCAGUUGUCAUCUGGUGGCUAUCAUAAAGUACAAGUUGGAGGACCAGGAGUAGAGAAGGGAGAAGUGGGCUUCAGUAACGUGUUCAAUAUCUACACCCGUGAGGCCGGGGCAGGGGAACUGAGUGUUGCCGUUGAAGGUCCAUCUGAUGCUGUUAUUAAUUUGGAGGAGAGACCCCAUGGUUUCCUCGGCGUGAGGUACAAAGUCAAGGUAGCAGGAAUGUACGAUAUCCACAUCAAAUUCAAUGAUGUCCACAUCCCAGGGUCGCCAUUCAGAGUGCACAUUUCUCCUGAUAGCGGUGUGGCACGAAACGUCACUGUCCACUCGCUUAAAGACAGGGGUCUUCAGGUCGACAAAGCUAGCACAUUCACCGUAUCCUACAAUGGUGCAGCAGGUACCCUGAACGCUUGUGUACGUACUCCUUCGGGAGGUCACGAGGAUUGCUUCAUUCAGGAAAUGGACACAGGGUUGUACGGUCUCAGAUUUAUUCCAAAGGAGAAUGGUGUCCAUUACUUGGACAUCAAGCUGAACGAUCACCAUAUUCCAGACAGCCCAUUUGCCGUGAUGGUGGGUUCUAUGGCUGCCGAUCCCGCUAUGGUGCUUGCUCAUGGAGAAGGACUGGAGCGCGGAACAUGUGGUACUAAGAACAAGUUUAUCGUCAGAACUGCCGGAGCUGGAUCCAGUUUCUUAGCGAUAUUUAUCGAAGGUCCCUCCAAAUGUGCCCUCAGUUGUCGUGAGGUAGAGGAGGGAUAUGAAUUCAGCUAUACACCCUUUGCCCCGGGCAAUUACCUCAUUACUAUAAAGUAUGGUAACAUCAACAUUGCUGGCAGUCCAUACCAGGCGGAAGUCACAGCUAGAGGCGGUUCAGGAUCUGGACGAAAGCCUUCUCCUUUGAGUGAAACAUCCUCCAUGGUCGUGGAGACUGUAGAAAAGAAACCGGGCGCUAAGUCCUUGAGGCGUUUCCGUGGUGACGCCAGUAAGGUGCAGGUUAGAGGACCUGGCCUCAAGAAAGCCAGAACCAAUCAGACUCAGACCUUCAGCAUUGAUGUCAAGGACGCAGGUCAUGCCAUGCUUUGUGUUGGUAUGGUAGCUCCCAGCGGACUUCCGGAACCCGAACUUAUGAUCAAGAAGAACAAUCCAACAUCAUACACCGUCAGUUACAAAGUGGUGGAGGCCGGGGAACACACCUUGUGUGUCAGAUUUGGUGACGAGGAAGUUCCCGGAUCCCCCUUUUCCAUUGGAACAUAAUCAGCCCUCCCAGACAUUUUUAUUAAGUUUUAAUUCCCUUUUUAUACGUAUUUAUCCACAGGAUGUGGCAAUUGUGUUGAUAUUUGAAAAGUGUGUAUAUUGUGAAUAUAAGGACUCCAAGUGUUCCGUUACCCAAAUAAAACCUUAAUUGUGGUGUAAAAUCAAAUAAUUUUAAUUAGACAAUUAAUUUAGAUAUCUAAAUUAAUCCAUUAGGUAUGUCAUCCCACUGUUUUCCCGUAAUAACACUGUUGAUAAAUUAAUUAUUUCUAACUUACUGGCAAUCGGAGUCAGUUUGAACAUUGAUGAGAGUGUAUGAACGCUUUUAUGUAUUUCAUAUUUGAAAUAGUCCAGUGGAGAAAAAAAAUGCUCACGAAAUAUCAGAUCAUUUUAUUUUAAUUACUAUCAGGGUUCCUAGGUAGGUAUAGCAUGCGAGAUAUAGAUGUUUGUCAAUUUAACUUAUUAAAAUAUUGUUCCUCCUUUUGACAUCCAGCUAGGAUUGUUUCAAUAAACUGAAGGUGUCAA